GUAAACGAGGGAGGAAAAAGAGAAACCAGCCCGGUUAAAAUAAAAACUCUUGUGCUAUCACAAAGCUGGAAACUCGGUGACUAAGUUUGAAAAACAGCAGUAGCCUACUAGGCUUUGAUAAAGACAGAAAUGUCACAAACGGGAUUGUUGUACAACCAAUAGGCAUCCAGCAGCAGGUUUAUUUUUGGCAGGCUGACUGCGCAUGGCUACAGUCAAUAUGGAGACAUUACUGAGAGAAUUAGCGAACAAAUUGUGUUCACGUCAGAUAAGUAUGCCAGCCAGACAGCAGCAUGGGGACUCAGAAACACUAUUCCCACACAGGAAGCACAUGCUGUAACUUUACGACUGCGAGCCAGACAGUAAACAAACUGGGUAAGCGCCGCAUUCAUCUCCACAAUGGCCGUACAAACAGCUUAGCUUGCAGGCCCGGGCGGCCAUAUCUGAGUCAGCUAACGUUAGCUAGCCUUAGCAUAGCUUUCCCUAUGGAUAGCUGCAGCUAAACUUUUCCUUCAAAUCUCUGAUUUCCCGACCCUGGCAUGAGCAUUCUCGCAAACCUUGCUCUCGAGCAGGGACGAACAAGAACAGCCGGGGUAUUCCCGAAGUGAAAAAACAGGAGCCAAUGGGAACUCGAGAUCAUCGCUCUGACAUUUGGAAAGGGCUGACAAUUGAGCGAAGUCCCGCCCACCAUUGACUUUGUUCAGAGGCUGCUGGAGGAGGAGGUCACAGACAUGGAAGCAGCCCAAAUGUUGGAUGUGAAAUGGUGCGCAGCAGGGGGCGCUGUUCCUCACAGCUGAGCUCUGAUCAGCAGCAGCGCCUGACAACUGAUGCUGAUCUCCUCAUCUACAGAUGAUUCACCCACCGCCGUGUCAUUCCAGAUGUGACUGACAAGUCGUUUUAUGUCGCCCGCAUUGAGUCCUGUGCUGUUCACCUCGGAGAGACUGUGACACCAUGGCUUUGGUUAUGGAACCUAUAAGUAAAUGGACACCAAAGCAAGUGCUGGACUGGAUGAAAGGUCUGGACGACUGUCUCCAGCAGUACGUGAAGAGUUUCGAGCGAGAGCAGAUGGGCGGAGAGCAGCUGCUACACAUCACCCAUCAGGAGCUGGAGGAGCUGGGUGUUACCAGAAUAGGACAUCAGGAGCUCAUCCUGGAAGCUGUCGACCUGCUCUGUGCCCUGAACUAUGGCCUCGAGACGGAGAACCUCAGAACUUUGUCACACAAGCUGAAUGCUUCGGCGAAAAACCUCCAGAACUUCAUCCUGGGUCGGCGGAGGGGCGGGCACUACGACGGACGAGCUUCCCGGAGGCUACCCAACGACUUCCUCACCUCCGUGGUGGACCUGAUCGGUGCAGCCAAGAACCUGCUAGCCUGGCUCGACAGGUCUCCAUUUGCCAGUGUGACAGAGUAUUCGUUACUGAAGAACAACAUUGUGCAGCUCUGCUUAGAAUUAACCACCAUCGUACAACAGGAUUGCACUGUGUACGAGACAGAAAAUAAGAUUCUCCAUGUGUGUAAGACCUUAGCGGGGAUAUGCGACCACAUCAUCUCUCUGUCGUCAGACUCUCUGGUCUCUCAGUCUGCCCAUCUGGAAGUGGUCCACCUCACCAGCAUCAUGCCAAGUGAAGGCCUGGGGAUGUACAUCAAAUCGACGUAUGAUGGUCUCCACGUUAUCACAGGAACCACAGAGAAUUCUCCGGCAGACCUGUGUAAGAAGAUCCACGCAGGGGACGAAGUGAUCCAAGUCAAUCACCAGACAGUGGUGGGCUGGCAGCUGAAGAACCUGGUCAACGCUCUGAGAGAAGACCCGUGUGGAGUCAUUCUAACGCUGAAGAAAAGGCCCCAGAACACCCUGAGCUCCACGCCGGCUCUGCUCAGGAACGUGCGCUGGAAACCACUGGGCCUGCAGCCGGUCCCCACCAGCCCCACCAGCACCUCCCCGACACCCGUUGGAACUCUAGGCAUGUCCAAAAUGGACGCUCCCAGCAUGCAGGACGUCUACAUCCUCUCCCCCGUCUCUGGACUCUACAGCACCAGGGAUGAGAUGGGCUUGAUGUCCUGCGACGAGAUCAACCGCUACAGCGUUAGCUCCCAGUCCGGCUCCAAAGGUUCGGAGGCCGUCAGCUACUACCUGGACCAGGACAGUGGUCAGUACUUCUCCCUGCUGGAGGGAGACGGACCCCCGGGUUCUGACUAUGACAGGACCCGCAAUACGGGGGUUCGUAGGCGGGACAAGACCCCAACCCAUGGUGACCUCAGACCCGUUUCCAUGCCUCCCGAAUAUAACUGGAUGGCCGAACCCAAGGAACCCAGCAUGGGCAAGAGAGGGAGCCGAGAUUCAGACAACUCUCUGCUGCGUUACCUCAGCGACGACAAGAUCCUGGUGAUCGAGGAGGAGCCCGAGGGUCCGGGCAGAGAGAGUCGGAGGGAUUCCACCAGACGCUCUCGGCGCAAGAGCCGCAAUCCCAGCAGCCCUAGCUUUCCCAUCAGCCCCUCCAUGCUGUCCUCCACCCUGCGCCUAGACCAGCCACCCGAAGCUUUGCCCCGGGGUGCGGACACACUGCGAGCGGACACAAUAGACCGGUACUCCGGCUCAGGGAGCUCAGGAGCCGCCUCCAUGAGGAAGUCUUUCCAUUACACCUCUCUAAGAACGAAAACUAAAAAGAGAAGUAAAGGUUCCCUCUCUAGUGCCAGUAGAAGGAGAAUUUCCUGUAAGGACCUUGGCCACGGUGACUGCGAGGGCUGGCUGUGGAAGAAGAAGGAUGCUAAAGGUUACUUCACCCAGAAGUGGAGGAAGUACUGGUUUAUCCUCAAGGAGUCCUGCCUCUACUGGUAUACCAACCAAAAUGAUGAGAAGGCUGAGGGCUUCAUCAGCCUCCCUGAGUUCAGAAUAGACCGAGCCAUAGAGUGCAGACGGAAAUUUGCCUUCAAAGCCUGCCAUCCCAAAAUCAAGAGCUUCUUCUUCGCCACAGAUUGUCUUGAAGAAAUGAACAGGUGGAUGAACCGACUGGGGCUAGCUGCCAUCGGCUACACACCAGAUGACAAGGUGCCACGCCCAGAUGAAGACUACUGGAGUGAGAGCGAUCAAGACGAGGUCGAUGGCUCGAUGACGCUCAAACAGGAGGGACCCUCAUCCCUCUGUGACACAUAUCACCGCACGCCAUCAGUGAACUCUUCAAGCCCCUUCCCAGAGCCCAAGCACGGGCGGCACUUCUCCAGCGAGUCAACGCACUCCCACUCCUCGGCCGAGGACCAGCGUGGAGAUGGUAUGGGCAUGGGCACCGGCAGCACCAGCACCCACUCAUCAGGAUGCCGCUCCACCCACCGUGAGAGACGCUCCUGGCAGGACCUCAUCGAGACCCCUCUGACCAGCUCAGGGCUGCACUUCCUCCAGACGGCCCCGGGGGAGAAUGAUUACGGGGGCCUGAUGGGGAGCAUGGCAGGAGAUAUGGGACUGUACGGAGGGCUGGGCAGACAUGGCAUGUCCCCCGAGAGACUCAGACAGGCCACGCUGCCCGUACGGAGACACCACGCCGCAGAGAGGGACAGGGAGCGGGACGGGCCCUUCCCUCUGGAGCGAGGGCCACACACACACAGCCACACACACCGACGCUCUCACAAGCAGCGCAGCCAGAGUCUGCCCAGGAACAGAGACCCCAUGCCAGCUAAGCUGUUGCACACCCCGGCUCACAUGGAGGAGAGGAGCGAGGACGAGGAGGCAGAGGAGCAGGCUGCAGAUAUACUCGAGGCUGAGAACGCAGUGAAUCUGACUCCUCUCCUGGGUGUCUCAGACCUGCGGGAGUUGAGAGUUGAGAGCAGAGAGAGGAGGGUGUCUGAGGGAAGGGAGCGGCGGGUGUCAGAAUGCCGCGAGCCGGAGCCGUUGGAUGGGCUAGAGCAGCUGUACCGGGCCCUGGAGCAAGCCAACGUGACGGCCCUAGGGGACUCAAGACCCUGUAGCAGGCAGGAGUUUCGACGUUGUUUCACACAGAGAGCCAGGGACCCUCUGCUCAACGACAGGCUGCACCGGGUCCGAGCCCUCCGCAGCACCUUGAAGGCCAAAGAGUCGGAGCUGGCAGUAAUCUGUGCGCUACUGGAGGACCCUGGCCUGUGCUCCCAGACCUUCAGAGAGUGGAAGCAGUGGCACAGCGAUCUCUACUCAGACAUCUGCCAGCUCAGCCCCGGCGGCACCAACGGCCAGGACGACCUCUCCCCACUGGCCCCACCUCUUAUGACCCACACACACUCCUUUAUUGAGACACAUGUGUGAAAGAGAGAAGGGGAGCAAAGACUGAACUGAUACACACACACACAUACACAUACACACACACACACACACACACACACUCACACAAGCACACACAGAGCUUUACAUUGAGUCCUCUCUCCAGAUCAAGACUCUGAGCACGCACGCACUCACUCGAACACACACACACAGGUACACACAUUGUAAGAUGUGUAAAUAUCAUAGAGGGAACAGUCUGAGACCUGCGUGUAUGAACUUUUGAUAAUCCUGAGGACCCUCACAGGGUGCCUAUUGCAUGCCUGAACAGAAAGCAUUAAUCUUCCUUUGUCUAUGGAACUCAGCAUAAACACCACACGCUUGUCAAGCAAAAUGGGAAAAAAAGGAAACUUUUUAACACGUUUGUUACUUUGUAUUCUCUUGGUUUCGCUUUUUAUUUCCUAUUGAUUUUAGGGGGCAGGGGGAGCUAUGUAGCAGCAAUACAGAGGAGAAUCCUUUUCACCACAGCACUGUACUUUUGUACUGAUGAACUUUGCACCCAGAGCCACCAGUUCUCCCCCUUUCUCUCUCAAUCUUUUUUUUCUCUCACUGCAUAUCUCGCUGAUUUACAGGGACCUCACUUGUUAUUCCAGGCUGAUCUGAUGGGACAGUGCAGGGGAAAGUAAGGGCGUUGACUUUUAGUAUGAGACUGUGAAAAGUAGCCGUCAAUGCUGGUUUAUCUGGCUCCCUCUGGGAACCGGUGAAAACAAACGUUGAGGACCUAUUGUACUGGCUAGUUGCACACUAUUUCAAACUGUGAACUGUUAAGAAAAAAAGACACAAUUUUAUCUGCAGAAGGAGGCUCCUCUGACUGAGUGCAAUUGAACUUUUCAGUUUGCAUCCUCUCUACCCGUCUUUUUUUAUGUUCCUCUCUGUGUUUCUGUCCGUCACCUCCUCUUCAUGUUUUUCUUUAUUUCCUCUCUCUCUCUAGUCGUCAAAGACUUGUGUAUAUGUGUAUACUGCUUUGUAUACUGAUGUAAAUGUUUGCGUUCCACUACCACUGUGAUAUGCUUCUAGAGGUAGCGGAGGGAAGACAGAGAGUAUGUAUUUGCGUGGGUGCAAAACAAUUUUCCUUUAUUUUAUUUUAAACAGCAAAUGCAAGAGCUAGAGAGUUAUUUUCAAAGGAGUCACUCACUACAAAGAAUGCACUUUCUAUAUCUCUAUAUCUCAUUGGCUGCAUCACAGGGUCUAUGUCUCAUCGGCCUCUUUACCAUUGCUGUUCAAAAUAUCAGGUAAAAGCAUUUGCCGUCUCAUUUUCUAAAGAUUUGUGUACAGUCUACAAAUAUAUUUAAACAUAGAAGAAUAUAUAAAUCUAUUUACGUUUUGUGUCAUAGAUAUAAUGUAAAGUAUGAUGUAUUCUAUGCCAAGGUUUUGCAGUGUUCCCCUCUUCACUCUGUAGAUGCAGGGUGGCAGAACAACAACACCACCAUCAUUGACAGUUUUUACAUCGCGGCUGACCCUUCUCCUGGUGAUGUGUUGCAUGAGAAAAGUCCCGGGACUGAUUUGAUUGGACAGGGUAAAAAAUUGUGGAUCAUUUGUUUUUUUUCUCCCCUUUUUCUCUUCCUCUCAUGAUUGCAAGAUAAUUAGACUUGUAGCGCAUGAUACAUGCAAAAGUACUGUUGAAGAAUGACCUUUUCUUUGUAUGUAUUCUUGUUUUUUCAUUCGAUAGUGUUUGAAGACACAAACUGUACAACAGCUGAGGCAAGCAUUUUUCUGCUCCUUGGUUACUUGAUCUAAUGCAGAUCCUCCUUUAGCAUCCUAACCAGGAGGCUCCUGAUUUAAGGUUUUGUUUUACAUAGAAAGACUGACACUAACCAAUAGACUGCAGGAAUCUUACCUGAGUUGAAACGAAAGCUAUUUUGACAUUCCCUCGAAGCAUAUGAACCUGAGCGGUCAAAGCCCUCCACACUAAAUGGUCUGUAAUGUCUGUAAAACCCAGAUGAACCAUUUCAUCUGCAAUAUCAGGCCAAGGACUCAACGGUGCCCCCCAGUGUUGAAGACUCUGAGAGACAUGCAUAACACCUGCUGCAUCCAGCACUAUCUGUACUUAUUCUUCAUACUUUACUGUAGUUCUUUAGCGUAGGUUCAGGUUUUUCAUCAUGUCACACUGUCGUGAACUAUCAAACUCACCCCAGAGAUAUAGCUCAUGUUUUUUUAAUGGUUAAUUUGAGAGUACCACAAAGAAAACUAAAUGAUGCAAGCACUUUCCCUGUGCCUCCCAACCCUCUCUUUGGCAACGAUGGACUGAUUAUACUGGCGACCCUACACACACACAGCUGGAGAAGAGUUUCAAAACAGUUUCAGUCUGCAGAUUUCUCUCCACUUCUCAUCUGUAGUGGGUUUUUUUCAUCAACCGCUGCUCCACUUAGCAGGCGGCACACACUGUAGAUUAGGAAGUGCAGGUUAUGAUUUGUGGGCACAGACUGUGUUGUUAUUCCUCCCCAGAUCUUUGUGUGUGUAGACAUGCAGAAACAGGCCGAAAAGGGAGAUUCCACUGUGUUCUUUCAGGGGUGUACACCUCAUGGUACAUUGCACAGGUGUGUAAGAUGUAAGUUGCACUGCGACAUUAAAAAAGGAACAUAUUGCUCUUUUUCAAGGAUAAUAUUAGCUUACUGUUAUUCUGUACAUUAAACUGACUAACGAUGAUAUUAAAAAAGAAAGAAAAUGACAUUUAUUCUUCCUAAAGUAGCCUUUUUUGGUUUCAUAUAUAUGAAUAUAUAUUACAAAAAAUACAGAUUGUAAACUUAAGUUGUUAAACUUUGACUUCAAUAAACUGAAUCCUCUGCACUACGAGCUAUGAUCUGUUUAUGUGUACCUUUUCUUGGAUUGAUAGAGACAGCAUUACAGUGUUUUAUGUGCUUACGUAACCAAGAAGCAGAUUUUCAAUUAAAGUGUACGUAAAAAUACGACAAGUAGGCCUACAAAUGAUUAUCCAUGUCCAUAUCUAUAUCCAAAAUCUAGAAAUAUUUUCAUAACAAUUUGUUGUUUUUGUUAAAAAAAUUGUUAAGAUUGUACUAUUUUUUCUUUAGCAGCUAAUUAUGAUUUGCAACGUGAUUAGGCAUGUAAAGGGUUUGCAUGUUAAUUGAUACAUUUUGCACAUUUUCUUUCUUUCCCCCCAUAUUUUCCCCUCUUGUGUGAGGCCAUAGUGUGUUUCUACUUCACCUGCACAUGUAUUUUAUUUCUAUUUACUUUGUCUCUGCCUGGCCGUUUUGAAAAACAAUGCACAAAUAAAAGUUAAAACAUACUUAAGUUGGUUCAACUCCCUAACAAAUUAACAAGUUAAUGAAAACCGUCAAGAUUUCUGUGAACCAGGGGCUUAUUAGAGUCCGUUGUGUCUGGGGGCCCUGUGAACCUGUUUUGCCUUGCCCAUAAUAAACCACUGCACAUCAUGUACAAUUGCUUUACAUGUGGAACUGCAGUGACAGUUUAAUCCUUUAAAAUGUCUUUUAAAAAUGUUAAUAAAAACGAAAUGAGA